AUGGCCUUUUUGGAGCUCGAUAAGUCAUGCUUGCUGAAAGCGGACGAGUUCCCUGGCUCGAAAUCGGCAUUCAUUCGGGACGAGAAUGGGAAGCUCAUCGCCAAGCAGACAAUCUUGAAAUAUCUGCCCACACAAGCAUACUGUAUUUAUUCCGACUGUAGUGAUGCCGUUGCUGGAAAGAAUAUCCGAGUCAAGGAGGAAGAUGACGAUGUUCAUCAACUGAAGCUUGUCUCAAUUGAUAACCCGCAAUUUCUAUUUUCAAAUAUUAGCUGCUCGCAACAGUUCCAACAUGAUUCUGCUGAAAUCAUCGACCAGAAUGUCAAAUGUUGA